AUGGCGGACCUCCAUCGCCAGUUGCAGGAGUACUUGGCGCAGGGGAAAGCCGGCGGGCUGGCGGCCGCGGAGCCGCUGCUCGCUGCGGAAAAGGCGGAGGAGCCCGCGGCGGGGGACGGGCCGGCGGGGGCGUGGCUGGGCCGCGCGGGUCUACGCUGGACGUGGGCGCGGAGCCCCGCGGAGCCAACGGCGGCAGUGACCUCAGCGUGCUUUCCCAGCGUGACGCGCGCGCAGCGGCUGGUGGCGUGCGGCGUGUGCCUGCUGCUGGCCGCGCUCUGCUUCGGCCUGGCCACGCUCUACGCGCCCGUGCUGCUGCUGCGCGCCCGCAAGUUCGCACUGCUCUGGUCCCUGGGCUCUGCGCUGGCGCUAGCUGGCGGCACGCUAUUGCGGGGCGGCGCGGCGUGCGGGCGCCUGCUGCGCGGCGAGGAGACGCCGUCGCGGCCAGCGCUGCUCUAUGUGGCCGCACUGGGCGCCACGCUGUACGCGGCGCUCGGGCUGCGCAGUACGUUGUUCACGGCGCUAGGCGCCUGCGUGCAGGUGGCCGCUCUGCUGUCCGUGCUAUUCGGUCUCUUGCCCCGAGGUGCGGUCACCGCGCUGCGGCUAGCGAUCGGGCGCCUGGGCCCGGGAGCCGGCCUCGCCAAGGCGCUGCCGGUGUGAGAAGCCCCGGGGCCCGUGCUGUCGAGCAAGGGCGGACGGAGGUC